GAUCACUACCAAGAUCUCUCCACCGCAUGUCUAAGAACAACUGGCGAUUAAAUCUGGCCCGUCGUCGUGAGUUUUGCUCAUCAGAUGAGCAAAAUCAGAUGACCAAAACACGCUAUGCGUAUUGUCUUUAUGGAGCGCUGAACGGUUCCAAAAGUUUGCUGCCUGUAGUCUGAUGGAUUGUAAAAGUUAGCGCGAUGCUUCGACCGCACUCAAGAGACUGAAAUGAAUGAUGUAGCUAGGAUAUAAAACUUUGGUCAAGACUGUCAAACACUUCUGGCGAGUCGCACAUUUGAGUUGUACUUCAAGUACGUGGAUGGAUUUUUUUCGACAAACUUCAGAAGGCAUUUGGCGUUUCCUCAACCGACAGAAAAAGUACAUUUCUGAGAGUUUGCGAAUUUUACACGCUGAAGAUACUUUGGACAAACUGAGCUGAGCACGCUUCAACAAGGUCGUCAACGUUCUCUCUGAGAGGCAAGAUGGAGACCUCAGGCCCCACAGCCAUGGAGAAGAAGGAGCUGAAGACCUCCGGUCUCGACGGCACCAGCUUCAGCGACCUCCCCAAGAAACCCUCCCCCACCACGGUGACCCGAGCUCCACAUAUCUUCCCGACGUUCCAUGCGCCCAUCCCGAUCGACAUCCGCCACCAUGAGGGAAGAUACCAUUACGAGCCACACCCACUCCACGCCAUGCAUGGGCCUCCUGGUUUAGCGGGCAGUCCGGUCAUCUCGGACGUGUCCCUCAUCCGCCUCUCUUCCCAUGCGGGAGGCGAGUCCCUGUUCAGCCCCCCCCACCCCUACGUCAGCCCACACAUGGAGCACUACCUGCGCUCCGUCCACUCCAGUCCCACUCUGUCCAUGAUCUCUGCGGCCAGGGGACUCAGCCCUGCUGACGUGACCCACGAGCACCUAAAGGAGCGGGGUCUGUUCGGGCUGCCCCCUCCUGCCCCGGGCACCAGCCCUGCGGAGUUCUACCACCUGAUGGCGUCCAGCCACCGCAGUCCCUACGGAGAUCUGCUCAUGCAGACCGGAGCUGCCGCCGCCGCUGCUGCUGCUGCCGCCGUGCACCUGCCAGAGUACAUGAGCCCUGUGGACAUGUCCCGUUUCCCCAGCCCUCGCUUGACCCCGCGUCUGAGCCGCAAGCGGGCACUGUCCAUCUCGCCCAUCUCGGACGCCAGCAUCGACCUGCAGACCAUGAUCCGCACAUCGCCCAACUCCCUGGUGGCCUACAUCAACAACUCGCGCUCCAGCUCGGCCGCCAGUAGCUCCUACGGACACCUCUCCGUCGGGGGCAUCAGUCCCUCGUUCACGUUCCCGCACCCCAUCACCCCGGUGGCGUACCAGCAGCUGCUGUCCCAGCAGAGGGGCCUGAGCGCGUUCGGCCACACGCCUCCCCUCCUGCACCCCUCGGCCUCCGCGUCCAUCGCCGCCCGACAGACGCCCAUGGGUGCCACCGCUGCCCCGCACCCCACCACCAACACCUCCUCCUCCUCCUCCUCCUCCUCGUCUGGCCCAGGGGAGUCCGUCCAGAAUGCUGCUGGUGAGUCUGCCGUCAGUAGCACGGUCAACCCCAUGGUCACCAAGAGGACCAAGGUGAAAUCAGAAAUGGACGGACCUCGGCCCAUCUCCCCCUGCUCUCAGGAUCACAUUGACCUGCGAGAGGAGCUGGACAAGGACGAGUGUAAGCAGGAGCCCGAGGCUGUGUACGAGACCAACUGCCACUGGGAGGGCUGCAGCAAGGAGUACGACACCCAGGACCAGCUUGUGCACCACAUCAACAACGAGCACAUCCACGGGGAGAAGAAGGAGUUUGUGUGCCGCUGGGAGGAGUGUUCUCGCGAGCAGAAGCCCUUUAAGGCCCAGUACAUGCUGGUGGUGCACAUGAGACGCCACACGGGAGAGAAACCACACAAGUGCACAUUUGAGGGCUGUGCAAAGGCCUACUCCCGUCUGGAGAAUCUGAAGACCCACCUGCGCUCCCACACCGGUGAGAAGCCCUACGUGUGUGAGCACGAGGGCUGCAACAAGGCCUUCUCCAACGCCUCGGACCGCGCCAAGCACCAGAACCGCACGCAUUCCAACGAGAAACCGUACGUGUGCAAGAUCCCGGGAUGCACGAAGCGCUACACUGACCCCAGCUCCCUGAGGAAGCACGUCAAGACCGUCCACGGCCCCGACGCCCACGUCACCAAGAAGCAGAGGGGAGAUGUCCCUCCCAAGGGUCAGCCGCCUAAGGGCAACGGCGAGAACGAGGGGGGCAAUCGAGGUGGACGGGGGCCAGACGGGGUGAUAGAAGCCAACAGCACCACCAAAGGAAUGGAGGACUGCCUGCAGGUCAAGUCCAUCAAAACUGAGAACUCUGUGAUGUAUCAGCCCAGUCCUGGCGGGCACUCGUCCUGCAGCAGCGAGCCGUCGCCGCUGGGCAGUGCCACCAACCAUGACAGUGGAGUAGAGAUGGCCCUGCACAGCAGCGGGGGCAGCCUGGGCGACCUGAGCGCCCUGGACGAGGCCGCCCCCAUGGCCGCCGACUCCACCGGCUCCCCAGGGGCGCUGUGGCCCGACGGUGGGUGGGGCCUGGACGGGGAGAGGCGGGGAGGAUCACUGCUGCGGCUUGACCAGCUGAAGCAGGAGAAGCUGAAAGGCGUCAGGGACUCGUGCUCCUGGGGGAAACCGCCGGCCGGACCGCAGACGCAGGGACGCAACACCAAACUACCUCCCAUCCCGGCUGUCGGCUCCCUUAUUGAGGGUCCGAAUAUGGACUACCCCGGCUCCCUGCCCAGCCCCCGUAUUGGUGGCGGCGGUGAUCUGAUCACGUGUGAGGUGACGCUGCUGAACCAGCUGAACAACGAGCGUCGGGACAGCACGUCCAGCACGAUGAGCUCGGCCUACACGCUGAGCCGCCGCUCGUCCGGCAUCUCGCCCUGCUACUCCAGCCGCCGCUCCAGCGAGGCCUCGCAGUUCGGCAGCGGCAGCGGCAGCGGACUGGGCGGCCACCGGCACAACAACAACAUCAGCGCCGCGUCGUACGACUCCUACGACCCCAUCUCCACCGACCUGUCUAGACGGUCCAGCGAGGCCAGCCACUGCGGAGGCCAGGGAGGAGGAGGAGGUGGAGGGAUGGGCCUCACGCCGGCGCAGCAUUACCGGCUAAAGGCCAAGUACGCGGCGGCCACCGGGGGCGCCCCUCCGACCCCGCUGCCCAACAUGGAGCGCAUGAGCCUGCGGACGCGCAUGGCGCUCUACGGCGACUCCCAGGACAGGGAGGGCGCGGGGCACCAGUUCCACACGUCGGGCAUGUCCAGGCGAUGCAGCGACACCGGGUACGGCGCUCCAGGCAUGAUGCCCCACGAGGUGCCCAACAGUCUUCCGGCUCAGGACCCCUGUCCGGGCGGCUGCCGGCUCAGGACCAGCUCUGGUUGGUGCAGCGCACCAUGAGCAACUGGAGUGACGGGCACCAUGAGCCGCCGACUGCCGCCCCGACCAGCGGCCGGGAGGGUGGCCUCCGGCGGCAACACCUGGUCGGACGGCAGCCUGCACCGCCACCACUUCGUCCAGCGCCCGCCCAGCAUCUCGGAGAACGUCGUCAUGGAGACGAUGGCACUGGACCAGGCCGAUGACGACAUUGUGCUUCCGGACGACGUGGUCCAGUACCUCAGGUCCCAGAACGGCAGCUCGACUCAGGACGCGCUGGCCGGUAACUACCCUGGCGGCGGAGGCCAAUCACAGGACUUCCAGAGCAACAUGACAGUCCAGCAGCAGCACCAGCCCCAGCAGCAGCAGUUCUAUGGGCAAAGGCGCAUGGCCAUGAUAGACGCUAGCAUGACUCCUCCAGCUAACGGUCAGGCGAUGGCGUCCUCUCAGUUCCGUCCCCGGCCCCAGCAGCCGCUUGCCACUUUGCCCGGCGUCAACAAGAGCAGCAUGCCCGUGCAGUGGAACGAGGUCAGCUCAGGGACCAUAGACUCCAUGGAGAGGGUUCCUAAGCAACAGCAGCAACAACAACAACAACAACAACAGCAGCAGCAGCUACAGAUCCUCCGCAGCAACCUGGCCGUGGUCCAGCAGAAGCAAGCGUUCGGUGGCCACCCCCACCCCCACCACCAGGGCUUCCAGGGCUCCAACCAGCAGAUCGUCCACGUGAGCCAGAGCCUGACGUCCAUGCAGCAGCAGCAGGCCAUGCAGAGGGGCAUCCAGCGGAUGACCGCCCACCAGCAACAGCAGCAGCAGCACAGGGUGCCCUCCUCGUCCACCAACCCAUUGGCAAUGCAGUCCGACGCUUUGACAGGGAGUGCAGCCAACCAACACGGGCUGUUCGGCAAUGCUGCCCUUCCGAAUGGCAGAGCAGCGCCAAUGGCAACGACGCCGCAGCAAAAUCCCAAUGUGCCACAGCAGCAGCAAUACCGGACGAACUCGUCGUACAUGAAUGGCACCGGGCAGCAGAGUUUUGCCGUUCCGUCGUCUCAGAUGACCGCUCAGAACGGAAACCGGGUUCUAAUGAACCCGCAGCCUCCUGCAGAACCCAGACCCUCGGCCAGACAGCAGCAGCAGCAGCAUGCUGGCCUGAUCUCCAUGCAGCCCAGCGGGUUCCUUCAGGCCAACUACGGAACCUCAGAAGCCAGCCCCAAGAGAACCGACAGCAGAGGUCACCAGGAGAGCGGAAACAACAGCAUCAGCAGAAACAAUCACGCCAACGGUGGCGGCGCAUUCUACUCAGGCGAGAUCCACGUGCUCGAUUCCAGCGUCGGCUUCGACGUGCCCAUGUCCCCCUGCGCCAACCAGGACCUGGGCACCAACGCGGCCACCAUGGCCUCCCCGGGGGUCAACCAGGUCACCAGCACCGUGGACUCACAGACUCCCGCGGUGGCCGAGCACGCUCAGAUCGACUUUGACGCCAUGCUGGACGACGGCGACCACUCCAGCCUCAUGUCGGGCACGCUCAGUCCAUGCCUCCUCCAGAGCCUGUCCCAGAAUUCAUCGCGACUGAACACGCCGCGCAACUCUGUGACGCUGGCCUCUGUGCCCUCGGGCAUCGGGAACAUGGCGAUCGGAGACAUGAGCUCGAUGCUGACGGCUCUCGCAGAGGAGAGCAAGUUCCUCAACUUAAUGGCUUAAGGACAAAUGGGUUGGUUUGCCAUUGCCAUAACAUCAGGAAAACACAAUGUAUGUGUGUGCUUGUUUUUGUUUUGUUGUUUUUUUGUUUUUGUUUUUGUAUUUUCGUGGAUGUGCAUACUGUACGAGUGUGCUUUUGAAAUCUGUUCUCUGUUGGUUGAAAAGGAACAUGCUGAAAUGAUGAAAGACACCUGUUUGCACCAAAGGUCGGUGCCCCAGGGGACACAGUCUUUUUGUUAAAAAAAAAAAAAAAAACAUUCAAGUUAAGAAAUAAGCACUGAUUUGUACUACAAAAACAACUGAAUCGCUUUACAACUGGCAAUAAGUUAAAAAAAAAAAUCUCUAAAGCUUGUAAUUAUAAAACAUAGUAUACAUUUUAUACAUUUGAUGAUGAAAUGUUGAUAAGGAGAAGUGUCAUUCAUUUAUCCUGUUUACCCAAAAGCCAUAGUCAAUGAAUCUUUGUAAGUCACAGCCCAGUAUUUCCUAGCGGCUUCCUCUUUAGCGGUGCACUGAAAAUGGUUCACUAAGUGCCUUACAGCUCAGAACCAGUGUGACCUAAACUCAGACAUUUACGUUAAUCAUGUUGCCAGUUUGAGUACAUGGCAAACAAAUACUUUAAAGUAUUAUUCUCGACUUAAACAUAUUGUUUAUAGUAUAACUGUAUGGUACAGUACACACUUUAAAUUAUCUUAACGACUUGAUUACUAUGUGUUUUUUUUUCUCCUCUCGUUAAGUGUAUAAGACAAUGCUGUUCCAUUUGUUUUUUUAUUACACAGAGGGUACUGAACUGUUGGGACGCAAUUCCGGUCCUUAAUCAUGACUCUUUCUAUGGACUUGGUGAAUGUUGAGUACACACAGACAGAGAGAGAGAGAGAGAGAGAGAGAGAGAGAGAGAGAGAGAGAGAUGGAGGUGGGAUAUCCUUCAAGUGUCCUACAGGGGGAUGGAUCUCGCUGUGCACUUGUCUCGUCAGCUCAUGUGAUUGAAAAGGUCGGACGGAGGAACGGCUCAUCUGUGUGUGUGUGUGUGUGAACAUCUGCAGAGACCUGACAGCUCGGAGAUGCCACCCCCCAACACACACACGCACACACCCACCCACACACAGAGAGAGAGACACCCCUCUGGAGAGACACCCCUCUUUAAAAAAAGGAAUAUGCAAGUAAUUUUGGGUGCUCUCCAUGGAGACAGCGCAGCCUCCCAAUUAGCAGGAGCAUCCCCCUCUGGACUGGAGUUGGGUGGGGGUGCACCUCUGAGGCCUACCAAAAAAAAUCUGCGGCCUUUCAUGUUUUGGCUGGGGUCAGAGAAACUAAGGGGACAUAGAGAAGAACAAAAUAUCCCGUACCCAUCAACGAAAGACAGUACAAACUCUACAUUUGAUUGUUUGAAUUAAAAACAGCCUUUUGUAUUCUGCCGUUUACUUGUGCAAAGUCUGUCUUGUUGUGUGAGAGUGUGUUGGAGUGUAUGAGCUGCAGCUUUUGUACAUUUUAAAUACAGUAUCU